CGAUAGUGGAAGUAAUUUGCUUGCAUGUGACAUCGAGAAAUCGAAUAUUGUAGAGUUGAGAAUUGCAUUAUUUUUCUACCCAAAAGAUAAUUUUGUUUUUUUCUUCUCGUUGUUAAUACAACCUUGUUUUAACUUAAUGAUCACUAAUCUUCAUAUGAUUUUUUUGCAUUAUUUCCGAUUGUGCUUAUAAAGUAUAUCAAAAUAUUAAAUGAUCUUGAACUGUUGUCUUGUUUUUUCUUUUUUUUUUUUUUCUUUUUUUUUUUAAUUUUUACUAAAAGGAAAUAUUGAGGGUAAAAGUGGUAUUUAACAUUCCAUGAGGAAGGUGUGUUUCAAAUUUCACACCUUUACUCCGAUUGGAUCAUACUUUCAUCGGAUUUCUCAUCUGGGUGUGUUUCAAUUUGUCAAAAACCACUUCUUCAUUAUUGAAUCGGUAGCCGCUUCUCCGUUUUCCAGUUUGUAGUUGGAAGCCAUAGCUAUUUCUCUCAAGAACACAUGACUUACGUCUUGAUUUUGGUCCAUGGUUAUGUCUCUUCUUCCUGAGGAGACACCCAGAACAUGCUCUCGCACUUUCUUCCACUCGUUCGAAGAGCCUUCCCCUUCAAAUUCCAAAUUUCAAGAAGAAUGCUGACCAUAGUUCUCUUCAACCAAUUUCUGUAAUGGCCGUCAGAGCCUUUUCCUCCAAAUUCCAUAUCUCCAUUUCACUCUUCUCCUCUCUCUUAAGAACCAAUCGUUUCGCUCACCAACGUUCAUUCACUUCUCUCUCUACAGCAGCACCUGCAGGAUCAGACCCAUCACUUCCAUUUCUUGUCAGUGAGAUAUCUCGCAUCCUCAGCGACCGUAGAAGCCCUCACCAUGACUUGGAACUCGGCCUCUCCUCCUUCUCCUCCAAUGUAUCCACUGACCUCGUCGAGCAAGUUCUCAAAAGGUGCAAGAAUAUUGCUUUCUCCGCUCACAGGUUCUUCCUCUGGGCUAAACGAAUUCCGGGUUUUGAACCCAGCGACGACAGCUAUCAUAUUGUCGUUGACAUCUUGGGAAGCAGUGGACAAUUCGCUAUUUUGUGGGAUUUUCUUAUAGAAAUAAGGGAGAGUAGGUCCUCUAUGAUCACCCAUGAGCUUUUCUGGCGUGUUUUCACAGCUUAUAGCAGGGCUGAUUUGCCUCAAGAUGCCAUUCGAGCUUUCAAUCGAAUGGGGGAGUUUGGGAUGAGGGCUGGUGUUGAUGAUCUUGACAAGCUCUUGCAUAUUCUAUGCAAGAGGAAACAUGUGGCUCAUGCUCAACAGUUUUUUGAUAAAGUUAAGAGUGGGUUUAAUCCGAGUGUGAAAACUUACAGCAUUUUGACUAGGGGUUGGGGCGUUGUGGGUGAUUCAAACAAUGCCCAGAAGGUGUUUGAUGAAAUGCGGGAACGAGGUUGUUUGAUUGAUGUGCUUGCUUACAAUAGUCUCUUGGAAGCUCUUUGCAAAGGUGGGAAAAGGGACGAAGCGUACAAGAUGUUUCAGGAGAUGGGUUCAAAUGGCGUUGUCCCAGAUGCUGAUACGUAUUCAAUUUUCAUCCGCUCAAGUUGUCAAGAAAAUGAUUUGCAUACGGUUUAUAGGGUCCUAGAAAGAACGAAGAGACAAAACCUUCUCCCUAAUGUGUUUACUUAUAAUUGUAUUAUCAAGAAGCUUUGUAAAGAUCAAAAGGUGGAAGAAGCUUACCAACUUUUGGACGAAAUGAUUGAGAGAGGAGUUACUCCAGAUACAUGGUCUUACAAUGCAAUCCAAGCUUAUCAUUGUGAUCAUAGCGAGGUCAAUAGUGCUCUUAACUUGGUAAAGAGAAUGGAUAGGGACAAAUGUGUUCCUGAUAAACAUACUUACAAUAUGGUUCUGAAAUUACUAGUAAGGGUGGGAAGAUUUGACAGAGCCAAUGAAGUGUGGGAAAGUAUGGGAAAGAGAGGAUUUUACCCUUCUGUUUCAACUUAUGCUGUCAUGAUUCAUGGUUUCUGCAAGAAAAAAUGGAAGUUAGAAGAAGCAUGUAAGUACUUUGAAAUGAUGAUUGAUGAGGGAAUACCUCCAUAUAUCGCUACUGUUGAGUUGUUGAGGGACCGACUUUUGGGGAUAGGGUUCAAGGAUCAGGUUGCGAUACUUGGUGACAAAAUGAAACGAAGCACUUCUUGCUCCAUACAAGAGCUUGCAAACGUGAUGAGUGGUGGAAAAUGUCGCGAGGCUCAGUCGACGUUAAAAAAUGAAGAGACGGAGCUUGAAAGUGACUGAAGUAUAGAGUGUCAGCCAGAGGCAUCUUUGUAUACAAAAGAUUAAAUUACAUCAACCUUCCAAAUACGGGCUUUUUGUAAUUUAGUAACACCUAGAGUAGGGGAGGGAUCCAGAUUUGGAUGUUGUUCACCACAUAAUUUGAUUGAUUCACGGUGAUUUUGCUAAAAAUAAAACAUUUUGUUUCAAAAGACAAAUUUUAUCUUAGCUCCGUUUGUAAGAUUUGAAUGUUGUUUGAAAUUUAUUUUUCAGACUUGUUACUGUUCUA